AUGAUGAUUCUCUCAAAGAGCCUCGCGAUCUGGAAGGACACACUAUACCCGCGUGUUUAUCAGUCUGUACGCUUGCAGAUAUAUAGGAAUUAACUUUUUUUUGCACACAGACGGGGACGUAUUGACGGUCAGGACAUGGUUUUGCAGCAUUUGCCCAGCUAGCGACGAGCAUUUGUUCUUCCAUCAGCAAGCUGCAGUCACUGUAUACUGAGUUGACUUCUGACAACAAUAAACACACACACAUCUCAAAGACACGGGUACUCAAAUUCAAUAUGGAUUACGAAAGACCGAAUGUAGAAACCAUCAAGUGUGUUGUUGUUGGAGACAAUGCGGUGGGGAAGACUCGCCUUAUUUGUGCCCGGGCCUGCAACACUACCCUGACCCAGUACCAGCUGUUGGCCACCCAUGUGCCCACCGUCUGGGCCAUCGACCAGUACAGAGUCUGUCAAGAGGUCUUAGAACGUUCCAGAGACGUUGUGGAUGAAGUAAGUGUGUCCCUCCGGCUAUGGGACACUUUUGGAGACCAUCACAAAGACAGACGCUUCGCCUACGGGAGGUCUGACGUCGUGGUUCUCUGCUUUUCCAUUGCCAACCCCAACUCCCUACACCAUGUUAAAACUAUGUGGUACCUUGAGAUCAAGCACUUCUGUCCUCGGACACCUGUCAUCUUGGUCGGUUGCCAGUUGGACUUGCGCUACGCUGACCUGGAGGCAGUCAAUCGUGCUAGGCGACCAUUAUCAAGGCCUAUUAAACCCGGAGAUAUUUUGCCUCCAGAGAGUGGAAGGGAGGUCGCCAAAGAGCUUGGCAUCCCAUACUACGAGACAAGUGUUUUCGAUCAGUUUGGCAUCAAGGAUAUCUUUGAUAAUGCCAUCCGAGCAGCACUCAUUUCCAGACGCCACCUACAAUUCUGGAAGUCCCACCUGAGGAAGGUCCAAAAGCCACUGUUGCAGGCACCAUUUUUGCCACCCAAAGCCCCUCCACCACUUAUUAAGAUUCCUGAGUGUCCAGCCAAAAACAGGGAUGGCCCGAGGCAGCUUCUUGAGAGCCCACUGUGUGCUGAUGUUAUGUUCACCAUUCAGGAACACAUUCACUUGUUUGCCCACAGGAUCUACCUGUCUACCUCAUCUUCCAAAUUCUACGACCUCUUUCAGAUGGACUUCUCAGAUGAGUCCCAGUGUUUGGUGGUAACUGCGCGUCAUGGGCGGGAUCAACUGAUGCGCACACUAAGCCUGGACACGGAAGAGGACGUGACCGUUCUCCCCAAUCUUUCACCGUGCUCGCUCAGGGCCUCCAAGAGUGACGGAACCCUCAAGAUGAUGAGUUUCAGUGGGAUGCAUCGACGCACCAAACUGUCCCUGGCAUCUUGGAGCAAGGCCUUCCACAGCAUCCACAAGGAGAACGUGAUCAAUCCGAUCACAGGUGCACCAGCUCUUAUGACUGUUGUCAAGAUGGAUCAUUCCAUCCACCAUGGACCAUUCAGCGCUGUCCUACGCUUCCUCUACACUGGUGAGCUGGAUGAGAAGGAGAAGGACCUGAUGAAGAUCGCCCAGAUCGCAGAGAUCCUAGAAGUGUUUGAUCUUAGGAUGAUGGUGGAGAACAUCAUGAACAAUGAGGGCUUCAUGAAUCAAGAGAUCACAAAAGCGUUCCAUGUGAGAAAGGCCAACCGAAUCAAAGAGUGUCUUGCCAAGAACAACUUCACAGAUGUGGUGUUUAGGUUGGAUGAUGGCACCAUUAACGCCCACAAACCACUGCUGAUCUCUAGCUGUGAUUGGAUGGCAGCAUUAUUUGGGGGCUCUUUCAUGGAGAGUGCAAAUGAUGAGGUCUCAUUCCCCAACACCAGCAGGGUUUGUAUGCAGGCAGUGCUGGAGUAUCUUUACACCAAUCAGCUGUCGCCCAUGGCAGACCUGGACCCAAUGGAGCUAAUCGCCCUGGCCAACAGACUGUGCCUUCCACGGCUCAUCGCCCUGACAGAGCAAUAUGCUGCGAGCGAGUUAGUAAAAGCAUCUAAAGAAGGACAGGAUAUCGAUGGAGAGGUACUCACCUAUCUGGAGCUUGCUCAGUUCCAUAAUGCUAAUCAACUGGCUGCCUGGUGUUUACACCACAUCUGCACGCAUUACAACAGGAUAUGUGCCAAUUACCGCAAAGAGAUCAAGUCGAAAUCACUAGAAAACCAGGAAUAUUUUGAGAAGCACCGCUGGCCUCCGGUCUGGUAUCUGAAAGAGGAAGAUCACUAUCAGCGGGUGAAGAAGGAGAGAGAGAAGGAGGAUGUGGUAUUGAAUAAACAUCACUCACGAUGGCGCUGGUGUUUCUGGAGCACGUCCCCUGCUGUUGCUUGAGUCCGUACCCUCAUGUUUUAUUUUUAAAGCUCUUAUUUUCCUUUUUUUAUAUUUUGUGAAGAUAAAACAGACCACUCGAAAUUAGCAUUCUGUGUGAAGCACAAUGUCCAAUCAGUGCUGGCCUUCGAAUCUAUGGCCUGGUCCUUAUUGUGUAAUAUUUGUUUUAAUAAUCGAGCUGCUGUGUUGGACUUGGUUCUGAUCUGACUGUGUUAGAAGCAUAAGAAUCAUAAAACACUAAUAGGAUUAAGGAGCGUUUUUUCUUGUCUUUCCGUUUUCACUUAGGUGCUAUAUACUGUAUAUUUGCAUUAACACAUUUUAAACUGUUUAAUGAAAUCAUGUAAGUGCAAAAUGCUCAUUAUGCCACUAAUUCUGAGCACAUCUUGCGAAAUUUGCAUAGUAAAAUUCUGCAUUCAAGCAAAUCUGGGGUAAUGUUGUAAGCCUGUUUAUUGGACAACUUGUGACCAAAAACUAAGAGCACUUGAAGUUAGGAGUCGCUGUUGAUUGUAAUAUUUAAUGGAUGUAGUUUGAUCAUUGUGAUUGUAAGAGCUUACAGCAUUCAGCCCUAUGUGUGAACAUCAGGGACAGGAACGCAGUAAAUGGGUCAUUCUUCUUAUGCAGUACAUUUGAACAUUCUCAAAAAUGAAGUAUGUUCUGGUAAUACCCGGGCACUUAAAGUGUAUGAAUUUUAAGAAGGUGAUUUACACAACAUCAAAAAUCAGGAAAUAUGUUAUAGGAUGAUAUGGAACCUUUAAUAAGUCAUGUCAGAAAAAAUAUGAGAUAAGAGCAAAAUGCAGAUUUCAAAGUUUUGCGUUCCCCCAUGAAAUACUGCAUUUAUUUGCAAAAUGGUCCUUUGUACAUUUGUUUGCUAAAACCCCAAAACAAAUUCUUACAUACACUAAAAAACUUAGAAAUUUGUACUUUUCUUUUAGAAAUUGCCAGUAAAUUUUACAAAUAAUAAAAAAAAAAAUUGUCAAGUAACUUUAAAUGAACUGAAUUAAAUGUUAAAUUAAACAUGAAAUAAAAUGUAAUUUAACAAGUAGGAAGACCUUUUUUGAUUUUCUUGUAAAACAUACAAUUACAACUUACACAAACCAAUUCUUUUUUUUUUUUUACAAUGUUAUAGUUAGUUAUCUAUGGAAGCACUUUUCUGCCACUAAAUAAAAUAAAUAACUAAAUAAAUAAAACAAGGUGAGUUCAUAUGUCAAAAUUCUGUCUUUAUAACUCGUAAGAUAUGAACUCACAAUUGUAAAAAAAAGCGUGCAAUUAUGACUUUAUUUCUUAGAAUUGUGAGUUAUAAAGUCAGAAUUGCGAGUUAUAAACUCGCAAUUGUGAGAAAAGAAAGUGAUAAUUGUCAGAUAAAAAGUCGUAAUUACCUUGUUUUAUAUUUUAGUCAGUGGCGGAAACGAGCUUCCAUAGCUAUUGCUUAUUUUCAGAGAGGUUUUUUAUUUUAUUAUUAUUGUUGAAAUGUUGAUAUGCUCAUUUGUAUAAGAGGGUGACAAACCAACUAACCAACAAAAUACCACAGAAAUAACAAUUCGUCAUUGCUUAUGAAUCCUUUUGCUGUACUGUUUGAAUACUUUUUUCUCACCAAAAUGAUGUCGUCAACUACUUUCGUUAAAGGGAAUUAAAAUAAAUAAAUAAAUAACUGAGUGGAAUAGUGAGGACACAACAAAAACCCAAAAUUGACUUUAAAUUAAAACAACAAUCACAAUGAAAAAUUUAAUCAGAAAUAAUAAUAAUAAUAACAAAUUGCCUGUUUAAUUUUGGAAUUUAUUACAUGAAAUCUUGAGAAUGUGUGAUCUUAAUCAUGAUAUACUUUUACUAGUGUCUUUCAAUUUUUUUUUAUCUAAUAUUAAAUAUGAAAAAAGCUUCAUAUGCAUACUGCAUAAUAGGAAUGAUCCAGCUAUGUCCAGAUGGAGAAUAAUAAUAAUAAUAAUUCAGGAGCAGAUAAACAAAAUCACUUCCAGCUAGCAGUUACACAUUAUUUUUCUAGAGUAUCUUCCAUGUGUUGUAACAUAAUGUUAGCCUGUACUGACAAACUACAAAUUCACUUAUAAUUAGAAGGGCUUAGAAACACGGCUUAGUUCAGGGCAAACCUUCACUAACAAAAAAUAAAUAAUAAUAAUAAUUUAACCACUACUCACAUAUAGUACUUAUAAUAGAUGAAUUCCACCAUUGUUGUGCUAGAAGUUACAUAUGUACUGUAGUGGACUGUAACUUUCAAAAGAUUGUCAUAGUUGUGAAAGCUAAACGAUUUCUUCAGCUGUGUCAUGUGAGUAAUUAAUGUAUGUAAAUGUUUCAUGGUAGGAUUUUACAGGUAAAGAAUGUACUGCGGCUUUAUGUGUUGGUAUGUUAAAGACGGUGAAGGGUUAUACGUAACGAAACACAGGGUCGCUGCCGAUAUAUCGUAAAUGAAACCGGACGAACAAUGUAACUGCCGACUGAUAAAAGAGGAACGUUCAUACUUGAAGAAAAAUAAUAGUGUUUAGUCAUCAUAGUGUAGAUUAUCUUUAGUUUACCAAAGCAAUAUAUAGAUGAUCACAUGCAUAAGAUACCAUGGUUGUUCUUUUUCGGUGGUUUUAGCAAAGUUGUUAACUAUUGUUAGCUGCUAAAAACCAAAUGGCUGGUUCAUUUGGUUCUUGCUGUCUAAAUGCCUUUGAUCUUGCUGGUCAUUAUCUUUAAUGUUGGUUGUUUGUUUAUUUAUGUAUUUCAUUCAUCUAUUUUUAAAAAAAUGGAAAAUUGUUGAAUAAAUUAUUGAUUUUA